AUGAAGCCUUGGUCUAUUUAUAUAGUCUUUGUUCUUCUUUUUAGUUAUUCUCUUUCUGUUAGCAGAGCUGAGAGCUCAAGUGCACAGUGUCCAUUGAGCUGCGAUACGGUUAAUGAAUGGUGCUCAAAUACUUUUGGGGCUGGUGGAAACGUUUCAUCACGUAAUUGUGGGAAUUCCUCAUUUGAAUGUACUUGCAAUGGUAUUUCAGGGAUAGUUGUAACUAGGGGUGUUGAUUUAUGUACAUGGGACAACAAUUUUGAUCAAAGUGAUCCUAAUAGUUCUUUGUGUUUUCCCUACACGGCGUUGUGCCCUACUAGUUGUGAUAAUAUUACUCUUUGGACUCAACACUGUGUAGAAGACAUUACUUGUAUUACAGAAAAUGAUGGAUUUGUGUUUAAUUGUACAACAUGUGCAGGACGCACUUAUUCCAUUAAAGGUAACCAAGAAUCAUGUAAAAAAGAUUACAGUAGUGAAAUAGCUUGUGACCCUGCCAUAACAUGUAAUGGAAAUGGCUGUUGCACCAAACCAGGUACUUCUUUAGAAGAAUGUGCCUGUUUUCAUGAUCCUAUAAAAGGUUUUUGGGCACAACCCUUUUGCAGUAAUUGCGAUCCCGCAUAUGAACCAGGAAAAGAUCACUGUACGAAGCCGAGACCUGUCAUUCAGAAGAUUCUCUCUUCUAUAGGAAGCACAUGGACGAUGGUGUUGCCUAACUUGGCUGUAUUAUUUUUGUUUGUGGUACUUGGCGUGAUUCGUGGUGAGUGUGAGUCCGAUCGGGGCUUUCAAUCUACGGCACUGCGAAAAACUGGAUUGUCUGCCGUGCAAGUGGCACGACGACACCAGCGUGGUUUGUUCCACUCAAAAUAUAUUCCCAAACGACCAGCUAAAAGCCGUUGUUUCCUCAAUGAAGAAGAGGACCAAACACAUUUUCGUGGACCAUCAGCCUACUGA